AUGAUAUCUAGCUACAACUACUCAAUGAUCAAACUCAGAUCAAUGUUGACGACAACGAUUCUGAUGGUCUUGCUCCUUGCAUCGCAGGCACCUCAGCAGACACAUUCAUUUAUCUUGACCUUCCCUCCAAGAUCCACUAUUGAUCAAUCAUGGCUAUUUAGGUCAACACAAUACCCUCCAGGUACAUAUGAUAGUCCACCUGGUAAUGGAGAAUCUUAUGCAAAGUUUGAUGGCAAGUUCUCUUUGGAAACGACACCGACAUCACCCGAAUUAGUGGCAACAGCAGACCUUGUAUUCUAUCAUACUUCAGACUUUGCACGCAUUGGUUAUCACAACAGCAAUGGAGAUGUAGAUUACUGCUGUACAAAGGCAUUGAUCGAGCAGAAAGUGUGCUCCAAGCUGGACACACUCAUCAUCAACUCCACGUCGACAGUCCAAUCACUCAAUGAAACCUCUGUCAAUCAGUCCAUCAUAGUGGACAGCACUAUAAAGUACAUCAACAUUCAAUUCAAUGCGUUGACUCAGGACACUCCUGUUCAAGUACCAAUCAGAUAUGAAGUGACCAAGGAAGGAGUAUACUAUCUACUUGUGCUCAGUUGCGACUUGUUAUCACAGCGCAACUACACCAACCUCUUCAUCACUGGCACGACAACCUUUAUGAAUCCAUAUGGAUACCUAAGUGGCGAGAAGUUCCCUGAUCUCUAUUUCUACUUGAUAAUGUCUUUGGUAUAUACUGUUGUGGCAGUCUUCUGGCUUGUGCUUUGCUGGCGAUACAGGAAGACUUUGUUGCCACUUCAGUACUGGAUAGCGGCAGUGAUUGCACUUGGCUUCUUGGAGAUGCUCACCAACUAUGCAGCAUUCAGUGAUACCAACAAGACUGGACAGUUCAACAAAGCAUCAGUCUUCUUCAUGUCAUUCUUCAGCACAAUGAAAGACGCAUCAUCCCGUCUAAUAGUAUUGAUUGUCUCCAUGGGCUAUGGUAUCAUCCUACCUGUAUUCCCAAGGAUGACAAAGUAUAAGAUUGGAGCAUUGACUAUAACAUACAUUGUAUUCAGUGUAUCGUUGUAUUAUGAAUGGUUGGUACCACAGCCAACAUCAUCAGAUCGCAGCUUCACUCGUAUAUUGGUUGUACCAGUGGCCGUGUUGGACACUAUCUAUUAUUGGUGGACAUGUAUCAGCCUACUUAGCAUAUUGAGUGGCCUUGCCUUGAAGCGACAAGAGGCCAAACUCAACACCUACAAGUACUUCUUCUACGUCCUGGCCAUCUCUGCAUUGAUCACAACAAUCCUUAUCAUUGCCAAUCUGAUUGUACACUAUACCAAGUCAUAUGAUGAGACGUGGAAGACUAAUUGGAUAUGGGAUGGCUUCUGGGAUGUCAACUACAUGGUGGUACUGUGCAGUAUCAUUUGGAUAUGGAGACCAUCGGAAUUGAACCCAAGACUGGGCUAUAAUGAACUGGACAUCAACGACGACGAGGAUGGAACAGUGGAGAUGGCCGAGGGUGGUGUAUCAAGACGUUUGAACGUCAAUAGAGAGAAUGAUAAUGGUGAGAUUAUAGGCUCACCAAAGAACGAGCACAAUGCACAUCAACAACAACAGAAAGAACAGAAAGAACAGGCACUUUCCGAAGCCGACGAGUUCGAGCAGUUCAAGAGAGACAUAACAAAAGUGAUUGAACUUUAG